AUGAACACCUUCUCCGGGCUGGGGGGCAUCCCCAUGGACAUGCUCGACCCAUCUCUCUUCCCCGAGGGCCACAGACCUCUCCCCCCAGCUCAGCAGCAAGAUCAGGAUGCUGAAAUGGGAGACUGCCCCGCUCCUGGUGACGACCACCUCGAAGAUGAUGGCGAGGAGUCAGACGUCAGCGACAUGUCUGUCGACUCUGACGCCAUGGAGCUCGCUGCCGAAGUCGCGAGGUUCGACAAGCAGCAGGAGGAAUUCGUCGCUCGCCAGAGGGCUGAUGCUGCGGGUGUUCCUUAUCAACCCCCUGCCAAGUCGGCGGCGGCGGCUGGAGAGAAGAAGACAAAGGGGGGUGUGAUUAUCGCCAAGGGACGCAAGCGCAAGUCAAAGACUGUCAAAGGUCCGAGACAGGCGGUCAAGCCCUCGCCGGAUAUCCUGUUUCGAUUGAACUUGGCUCAGCAGGCGUUUCAGAGGGGGGAUUACGAGGCGACCAUGACGAUGAUUUCGGAGAUUAUCCGGAUCAAUUCCGAGGUUAUUCAUGCUUGGGUGUUGCUGUCGUCGGUGCACGAGGCGCUGGAGAACCGGUCCCAGGCGGUGAUGUGCCGGAUUACGGCUGCGCAUUUGACGCCGAGGGAUGUGCCGCAGUGGAUCGCGACGGCGGAGUAUUGUCUUGAGGGGGUGGACGAGAUGGAGGAUGAUGAGGAAGGAAAUCAGACUGCGGAAAAGAUUGAGACGUUGAAGAGAGCGUAUGCUUGUUAUAGUCAGGCGUUGGAGGUGGACAGGACGCAUAUCCAGGCGAGGAUUGCGAGGGCGGAUGUAAUUAUGAUGAUGGGGAAUCAGCAGAGCAGGGCUUUGGGGGAGUAUCAGAAGGCGCUUGGGUACAGGCCGUAUAAUAUUCGGACGGUGAGGAAUAUUGCGGAUGUGGCGCUAGAUGUGAAGGAUUUGAAGAAGGGGGCGGGGAUUGCAAGGGCCGCGUAUAGGAAGGUGAUUAAUUAUUUGAUGGAGAGGGGGACUUUUGAGGCGGAGGAGGGGAGGUUUGAGUGGAGUGAUUUGAGAAUUUAUCUCGAGUUCUUUGGGACGUUGGAGUUGUGGAGGGAGGGGUUGAAAGAGCUGAAGGAGAUUGCCAGGUGGUUGUCGGGGAGAAGAGAAGAAACGUAUUGGGAGCAGUUUGAUAAUGGGCCGAUGGGGGAUGAUGAUCGGGAGUGGGAUAUUGGGGAGGAGAGGAGAUUGGGAGUGCAGGGCUUUGUGCCGGGCAAGUUUCCGAGAGAGAGUUAUGGCUUGGGGAUGCCCAUGGAUUUGAGGGCGAAGAUGUUUGUUUACCGGUGCAAACUGGGGUUCCAGGAUACUGAGGCCAGGCGACAUUUGGAGCUGCUUGAUCCGACAAGGCAAGAGGAAUUCAUGGACUUCCCGGACUGCUUGAAGGAUAUCGCGGUUGCGCUGCUGGAUCAGAACAAGGCUGCGGAGGCGAAGCAGUAUCUGGACCUGUUCAAGCACAUUGCUGAGACAGAGGGCACGGGCAGCAUCGAUGCGGACUUCUUGGUCUGUCAAGGUCGAUAUCACAUCUCUUUGGGGGAGAAGCAGACCGCUGAAGAAUGCUUCAUUGCUGCGAUUGAGGACGAUGAGGACCACAUCGAGGCUCGCGUGCAGCUUGCCAAUAUGUACGAAGGAGAACAGGAGCAGGAGGGCAGGGAGGAAGCUUUCUUGCUGGUUCAUGAGGCCUUGAACCUGCAGAAGCUGGGACCAAGAAAGAGACGUGGUCCGUAUGGUCCCCGGAAGAACACUGGGCCGCGCAAACCCAGAAAGCCAAGGGAUCCAAAUGCGCCAAAGUCGAAGUAUGUGCCGCGCCGGUUGCUCAAUGCUGAGAAGAGGAGACAGCAGGAGAUUGAGCAGACAAAGGAAGCGACUAAGAACUACCAGAUCAUGCAAGAGAUGGAGGGCAACGCUUUGCUAGGGGAUGAGGAGGCCAAGAGCAAGUGGAUGGCGGCUGCGAAGGCGUUGGUUGACGACUUCCGGGCUUACAAGCAGUUUUAUCCUUGGGACAAAUACAUCAAGUUCCUGGGAUACGUCAACCCUUCCGAGGGUGGCCAGCAGGCUGUUCCUGCCAGGAACUUGAAGCUCGCCGCCAUGGAGGAACGUUUGCGUCACAACCUCGCUCCGGCGGAUGGUGCGGACCCGGCUACUGCGGCUACCGUCAACAAGCCUCAUUUCAAGAUUCCCCAAGAACAUCGCGGCAUUCCGUUCACGGAGUGGUUGAAUAUUUUCCUCAACUACGCCUUCGCCCUCGUCCGCGCCGGUCAGCAUAGAGAGGCUUAUGCCGUCUGCCACGCCGCCCGGGACUCUGUUGUCUGGACAUCCAUCGACAACACCUUUCUUAUCCACGUUGCCUGGGCAUCCUGCGCCGUCUACGCUGGCGACGAAGAAACCUGCGUUGCUAUUGCCCGCUAUUUCAUGAGGGAUUACCGCCCAGGCACGGAUUCUUACCGCAUGUUCUCGGCUAUGUGCCGAGUCUGCCAGACGCCCGUGUCGUGGUACACGUCGGGCCCGGCCCAAAAGUUCAUUUUGAGGCAGAUCAAGACAAUGGACAACAUUGUCAUGAGACAGCAGCAAUCGCCGUCUGGGGAAAAGGACGAUUCAAUCGGGUUGGACGUCUCCCUGCUCACUAUUUACGGGCACAUUCUCUUCACGACCACCUCGUACACUUACGCCCUGUCCUACUUUGCCCGCGCUGCCUCGAUCGAUCCCACAAAUUGCCUCAUCAACCUGUCCACGGGCCUGGCGUACAUCCACUACGCCUUGAAGAGGCAGGCUACCAACAGGCAGUAUCUCCUCAACCAAGGCUUCAGUUUUUUGUUCAGGUACUAUGAAGACAGGCUGGCGGAGGCGGAGAGGAAUGGGAGUGCGGGACAGAGGCAGGAGGCGCAUUUCAAUAUGGCGAGGGCGUAUUCGCUGAUUGGGCUGGGGAAUGUGGCGGUGGAGUUUUACAAGAAGGUGUUGGAGGAGCCGCCGGUGCCAAAGGUGGAUAGGAGUGAUGAGGAGAGGUGGAAGGGGGGGUUGGCGGAGGAGGAUUUGAGGGUGGAGGCGGCGUAUAAUUUGAGGAGUGUGGGGUAUUUGUUGGGGGAUUUGGAGGGGGCGGCGGAGGUGGUGAGGAAGUGGAUGGUUUUGGAGUGA